AUGGAUCCGACAGUCAAACUCACAAGAGUUCUCCUCAAAAACACCAAUGAUCCCAAACUGUCAUGGCACCUUUUCAAGCGCAUUCUGUCCUUACCAGUCACAGAGCAAUGUCCUCAAUCAAUUCCCAUCAUUACCCGUAUCCUCAUUCGCGCCAAAAUGGUUAAGGAACUAGAUGAUUUACCCCAACUUCUGAUUGCCUCACAGCCCCAAGAAACCUUGCAUUCUUCUCUUGUAACAUUCAUAGCCGUUUUAGCGAAAUCGGGUCUUUUUAAUAGGGCUGUUUCGCAGUUUAAAUCGUUGCGUUUUCGAUUUCCUGAAAACCCGCCUUCUAUCUAUUUGUAUAAUGUUCUCUUUAAAUCAUGUGCUAAAGAGAGCCGUGUAGAUUGUGUUUCUUGGUUGUAUAAAGAUAUGGUGGCUUCUGGGGUUUCUCCAGAGACUUAUACUUUUAAUGUGUUGAUUGGUUUGCUUUGUGAUUCGGGUUGUUUGGAUGACGCCCUAGAGUUGUUUGAUAGAAUGGCUGAGAAAGGUUGUAAACCGAAUGAGUACAGUUUUGGAAUUUUGGUUCGUGGGUAUUGUAGAGCUGGAUUUACUGGUAAAGGUUUGGAGCUUUUGAGUGAAAUGAGGAGAUUAGGGUUUUUGCCUAAUAAGGUUGUUUAUAAUACUUUGAUUUCGAGUUUUUGUAAGGAAGGUAAAAUUGAUGAUGCCGAAAAAUUGGUGGAUGAGAUGAGGGCGGUUGGUUUGUCUCCAGAUGUGGUGACUUUCAAUGCUAGGAUAUCGGCUUUGUGUAGUUCUGGGAAGGUUCUUGAGGCUUCUAGAAUUUUUAGGGAUAUGCAAAUUGAUGAAGUGUUAGGGCUCCCUCGGCCUAAUAUUAUAACAUAUAAUUUAAUGCUUGGGGGAUUUUGCAAGGAAGGGAUGUUGGAAGAAGCCAGGGCCCUGUUUGAGAAAAUGAAAGGAAGUGAUAGUUUAAUGAAUAUAGAGAGUUAUAAUAUUUGGUUGUUGGGUUUGGUCAGGAAUGGGAAGCUCUUAGAGGCUCAAUUGGAGGGGAGAAUAUCAGAAGCUGAGGAGUUGCUGCAAAAAAUGAAUGAAAGAGGUUAUGACAUCGAUACUGUGACCUGCAAUAUUGUAAUUGAUGGUCUAUGUAACAAUGGGAAGCUAGACAAAGCAAUUGAAAUAGUAAGUGGUAUGUGGAAUCAUGGAAGUGCUGCUCUGGGGAGCUUGGGGAACUCAUAUAUUGGCCUGGUUGAUGAUAGCGAUCGCAGGAAAAAAUGCAUGCCAGAUUUGAUUUCAUAUGCAACCAUAAUUAGUGGUUUAUGCAAGGCUGGGAGGCUUGAUGAAGCUAAAAAGAAGUUUAUUGAGAUGAUGGGGAAAGACCUGCAGCCUGAUUCUGCUAUUUACGAUGCGUUCAUAUAUAGCUUCUGCAAAGAAGGAAAGAUAUCAUCUGCAUUUCGAGUACUCAAAGACAUGGAGAAAAAAGGCUGCAACAAGACCCUGCAAACUUAUAAUUCAUUGAUCAUGGGCUUAGGGAGUAAAAACGAAAUAUUUGAAAUUUAUGGACUGAUGCAUGAGAUGAGAGAAAGAGGGGUUUUUCCUAGUGUCACGAUAUAUAAUAAUGUGCUUACUGCUCUAUGUGAAGGAGGAAGGGUUAAAGAUGCCCCUUCUGUUUUGGAUGAGAUGCUGCAAAAGGGCAUUUCUCCCAAUAUUUCAUCCUUCAGUAUACUAAUUAAAGCUUUCUGCAAGGCUUGUGAUUUUAGUGCAGUGGAUGAGAUAUUUGAGAUUUCUCUGGAUGUUUGCGGCCACAAGGAGGCCCUAUAUAGUUUAACAUUCAAUGAAUUACUUGAUGGAGGAGAAGUUGUCAAAGCUAAAAAGCUGUUUGAAACUGCCUUAGAUAGAUCUUUUGAUGUGGGGAACUUUCUCUACAAGGAUCUCAUUGACCACCUCUGUAAAGAGGAGAAGUUGGAUGAUGCUAGUGGCAUUCUACGCAAGUUGAUUGAUAAAGGAUACCGGUUUGAUCCUGCAUCAUUCAUGCCUGUGAUUGAUGGCUUUGGUAAAAGGGGAAACAAGCAUGACGCUGAUGAACUCGCAGAGAAAAUGAUGGAAAUGGCUUCAGAUGGUAAGGUGGAAAACAAAAUCCAUCGAAAUGCGAGGAGUUCCAUCCAAGGGAAGAAGAAUAAGGGUGGCGAAUGUGAAUGGCAGACUGUAUUGCACAGAGAUGAUGGCAGUGGAAUUGCACUGAAAGCUCUUAAACGCGUACAGAGAGGCUUGGAUCAGGGAAGUAUAGCAAGUUUGCAGCCCCAGAAAGAUGACUACCUUGAUUACUAG